CUUCAUUUCUGACUAAUCACCUCGCGAGAGACAUUGUUUGCGGAAGAAAAAGAAAGCCGAAAAAAUGGACGUAGGAGGCAUAGCUGCUGGUGCGGACUUUGAUGUCUUGAAGUACCCCAAGGGAUUUAUAAAGAUUAUUCAGUUUGUUCUGGCAAUAUUUGCAUUUGCCACAACAACCAGUGUGAACACUUUCUCUGAGUGGACGGUAGUUUGUAAUGGAACAGCAACAGCAAGGGUAGACAAGUUAAAGAUAGCAUAUCCAUUUGUCUUAGACAACCAGGAAUUUACCACCUGCGGUGUAAAAGGAAUGGUGUACGGCAACUUCUCUGCGCCAUCUCAGUUCUAUGUGUUCAUUGGUGUCAUGGCAUUCCUGUACAGUCUGGCCAUUGUUAUCACCUACGUCUUUUUCUCAGCCAAGUUCAAAGAGAAUGAUGUGGGGCCUAAAGUGGACUUCAUUGUCCACAUAGUGUUUGGUCUGAUGUGGCUGAUAGCCUCUGCGGCCUGGGCGGCUGGUUUGACUGGACUCAAGUUCUACUCUGACCCCAAUGAGUUCAUGAAGACGCACCUGUGUACAGCUCCCAGCACAUGCACCAGGAUCAGGGAGGGAGACUUUGCCAGCCUCAAUGUGUCUAUUAUCUUUGGUUUUCUCAACUUAUUCGUCUGGCUCUGCAACCUGUGGUUCCUGUUCAAAGACACCCCCUGGUUCCACCGGGACACCCCCGUACCCCCACCCCAGGGCCAGCCUGCCAGCACCCCAGUGACCCCCCCACCCCAGGAGGUACCGGGGUCCAUGUACGAGGAAGCUGACAAGACUCAGUACUAUCCUUUUAUAUGGGACACAUGUUGGUUGAAUGGCUAUGUUCUGGCAAUAUUUGCAUUUGCCACAACAACCAGUGUGAACACUUUCUCUGAGUGGAAGGUAGUUUGUAAUGGAACAGCAACAGCAAGGGUAGACAAGUUAAAGAUAGCAUAUCCAUUUGUCUUAGACAACCAGGAAUUUACCACCUGCGGUGUAAAAGGAAUGGUGUACGGCAACUUCUCUGCGCCGUCUCAGUUCUAUGUGUUCAUUGGUGUCAUGGCAUUCCUGUACAGUCUGGCCAUUGUUAUCACCUACGUCUUUUUCUCAGCCAAGUUCAAAGAGAAUGACGUGGGGCCUAAAGUGGACUUCAUAGUCCACAUAGUAUUUGGUCUGAUGUGGCUGAUAGCCUCGGCGGCCUGGGCAGCAGGUUUGACUGGACUCAAGUUCUACUCUGACCCCACUGAGUUCAUGGGGACACACCUGUGUACAGCGCCCUUGACGAAAUGCACCACGAUCAGGGAGGGAGACUUUGCCAGCCUCAAUGUGUCUAUUAUCUUUGGUUUUCUCAACUUAUUCGUCUGGCUCUGCAACCUGUGGUUCCUGUUCAAAGACACCCCCUGGUUCCACCGGGACGCCCCUGUACCCCCACCCCAGGGCCAGCCUGCCAGCACCCCAGUGACCCCCCCACCCCAGGAGGUACCGGGGGCCAUGUACGAGGAGGCUGACAAGACUCAGUACUAGUGACAUAUAGACAGCUGAAUAGAAUCAGGACAGCGUUGUAACAUGUAGAGAAAAGAUCUAAGGCACAAUUAACAUGGGUGUGGGGGAGCACAAGGUUAUUGUACAGGAUUUGGCAAGAUUAGAUUAGGUUAUAGGACAUAGUCCUGCUAGGAUACUAGUCUAACAUGAGGAUAGGACUCUCUUCACGGCCCAUAUAUCUAAAACUGAGGGACAAUUACUGACAAGGUCCCACUCCAGCUAGUAAGAAUUACAUUGUUGACAGUUUAAGCUUAUUUCUACAAUUUUUUUUU